UUAGGCACAAAAGGACAACAGACCAAACUUACAAAAGGCUUCAACCACUCAUCAAAGCCCAAGAACUACCAGUCUACGCUUCUCAACCACCACUCCACUUUAACCCUUGUUAAAUACUCCUACACUGCUUGCUUACACCCUCAAACCUCAAUCACCCGGAGACGGAGACAGAGACAGACACAGAGACAGAGACAGAGAGAGAUGGGUGGCUUGCAACAUACAUCUCAAGACCCUAGUGAAGAUAGCACUAAAGAUGCAAAAGAUGAGAAAUCCGAGCUGGAGUUCUCAGAAGAUGAAGUCAGUCUCGUUGCCAGAAUGUUUAGCUUGGUUGGAAAGAGGUGGGGUUUGAUUGCUGGGAGAAUACCAGGAAGAAGUGCAGAAGAGAUUAAGAAGUAUUGGACUUCAAAGUAUAGCAUCUCAUCAAGUGAACGAUGAUAACUGUUUUAAGCCCAAACUGAUGCAUGCACAAGGCUUCAAGUAAAUUUCUUGGUUUGUCUUGGUGUAUAUAUAUAUAUCUAUCUAUGACUUAUUUAUGUAAACAUGGCUAGUUUACAUCCAUUCACAAGUUGAAAAAGAAAAA